UAAUGGGGAUCGGGUUGGCCUAGCGGUACUUCCCUCGCCUUCCACCGCUGUGACCUAGGUUCCAAUCCCAUCUUGGCCAAUAUGUGGAAUAGUUUUCUGCCCCAGCAUGAUUCCGUGGAUGUUCUCUAUAAUUCUUUUGUUUUUCCUCCCACCACCAAAACUGUAAUUUCCUUCCACAUCUUCUACCAAGGAACCCACUGAAAAUAAGUCGAAAGACUUUCGCGGGCCAUCCCGGCCAAUUGCCGGAUAAUCAUAAACAAACAAACAAACAAACAACGACACACACUGACUGAAAAUGGUUCUAGUCUUUCUGUACUCUGGCCAUCUCAGCCUAAAGGAUAGCCAAUCGUAACGGCAGCCUGGUUCACCGCGGUGGUGGGAUGAGCUACCUAAGGCUUGCUCUUUAGAACUAACCAGAGAGUAGUUUUGUUAUCGUGCUCAUUCAGGCAUUCAAUCACUGGCAGCCUACCCGCCAAGGAUGAACAUUUCAAUAGCGAUGAACGGACAAGGAAAAAGAAUCUAUUGAUAAGCAAAUGUACCAGUCGUAUGCUGCCUUUCUAGAUUUGUAAGGUAGAACCGACCACAAGCUCCAACGUAUGUAGUGGGCGAGUGUUUCGAUUCGGUUCUGUGAUGUAUAAAGAUCUGGUGUCGGAUUAAUCAGUGUUUCGCAUUUCAGAUUCUUGUUUACAUUUAUCUGUCACCACAGAGGAAACUUUAAGAUUGAUUAGUAGAUAUUAUUUAGGAAAUACUCGGCAUGGCAGGCAGGUUUAAUCGUGUGUUCGUCUCCCUAACGUCAGUGAUGGCAGUUUUGUUGUUCGUGUCGAUCGUGAUUUGGAAUAUGGACGGCAGGAUGCUCCCUGGAAGAGGAGAUGUGGAACACGACAUGAUGAUCAGGCAACUUCCGAAAUCGGUGGAUGGAACCAUCUUGAAAGCGGAAGACUGGCCUACUUCGUCUAAAGACACCCAUGCACGCAACAAGGAACCAAGGAAACACAGAAUCGUCAUCAUUGGCUCCGGACCAACCGCUCUGGGCGCUGCUAAACGACUCUACGAUCUCGGGCAAGGCAAAGACAACAGCGUGAUCACCAUCCUGGAAGAGCUAGGUAGACCAGGAGGCCUUGCUUCUUCUACCAGGGAUGAUAAAGGUUUUCUCUGGGACGUCGGAGUUCACGUCGUCUUCUCCCACUACACCUACUUCGAUCGAGUUCUGAACACGGCAGUACCCGAGUGGAACUACCGGCGCAGGGCGUCAUUUGCCUUCAUGAAAGGAUCAGAUCAGAACAGGAGAUUCAUACCGUAUCCAGUUCAGAACAACAUCCACGUCAUGGAUAAAAUAGAUCAGAGGAGAUGCAUCAGAGGAUUAGAGGAGAUUACCAAAAAUCCCAUAAACCGUAACCCCACAAAUUUUGACGAGUGGCUGGUACAAAACUUUGGAGAGGGUCUGGCUGACGUCUUCAUGAGGAAAUACAACCGGAAAAUCUGGACGGUCGACACCAACGAAAUGAACUCGGCCUGGGUUGGCGAGAGGGUUGCCGUACCAGACAUUGAAGAGAUCAAGACCAAGAUUAAAGAGGUAGAUAGUGGGAAAAAGGCGAAGGAUUCCGAGUGGGGACCAAACCUUUUCUUUCGUUUCCCUAAAUAUAAUGGUACUGGUGGCAUUUGGGAGUCAGUUGCAAGACUGCUUCCAAACCACUGGUUUAGAUUUCAUGAGAAAGUAAUUAGUAUCGACGUCGACCGAAAAUUUGUCGUAGUCGAGACUGGAACUGAUAUCAAGAUGCGUUACGCCUUAGAGUACGAUACUCUCAUAUCGACGGUCCCCUUAGACAGUUUUACAUUCUCUUUGAAGAGCAAAGAUAGGUCUUUGAAGGAUAUGAGAGAGCUGGCAUCCCAACUGGUGUACACGCACACUCACAUCGUAGGCGUCGGCCUCACCGGUCAACAACCUAAGUCCCUCGCUGAUAAAUCUUGGGUGUAUUUUCCGGAUUCUGAUUCUCCGUUCUACCGCGUGACUAUGUUCUCCAAUUAUUCAGAUGAUCAUGUACCCAAAGAGGGGCUAUAUUGGUCGCUUAUGUGCGAAAUAGCCGAACCACAGAGAAGUUCCAAUCCUUCGUAUUGGAGUAGAGAAAACUUGAUUAAAGAAUCAAUAGAAGCCUUAGUCUUGUACGGGUUCAUCACUGCUGAUAUGGUAGUCUCCAAGUACUACCAACGCUUCGAGCACGGAUACCCCGUCCCGUCACUUAAAAGGGAUAUCAUACUGAAUGUUAUACAACCUUGGCUGAAAACAAAAGGCAUCUACUCCCGUGGACGGUUCGGAGGUUGGAGAUAUGAGGUUGCAAAUCAAGAUCAUUCCUUCAUGCAAGGGGUCGAGGCUGUGGACAAGAUCCUAAGCGACGUUCCGGAGUUGACUUACCCGGAUCCGAAUCUUGCCAACUCCAAGAAAAACACGGAUCGCACGAUCCCCUUGGAUUACGAAAUCGUCAUCGCUCAUUAUAACGAAGAUCUAGAUUGGCUGAAGCCUUACGCUGACCACACCCUCCUGUAUCAUCAAGGGAAAGACCUGGGGCCGCCAUUCCAGUUCUACUCUUGGGAACGGCUUGAGAAUCUCGGCCGCGAGGCGCAUGCGUACCUGCACCACAUCACCACCUACUACGACCGGCUCGCUGACGUCACUGUCUUUGCCCAGGCAGAUCACAUGUCGGGUCGGUGCUAUGAAACGCCGCUGGAAUACAUAGACUCCGCCAAAAAAGGCGUGCCAUGCAUGAAACUACCUGAGAGGUACAGGGAUUGGGGAAGGGUGAAGUUUGUAGAGGGCUACUUAGAGGCUUACGAGAAGAAAGGUGACCCUAUCCAGAGGGCCACUGCGACCUUUAGACAGGUGUAUGAACAUCUCUAUGGGCACAAAGCACCUCGUAGAGGCAUAUGGUACUGCUGGAACGCCUGCUUCGGGGCUACCAAGCAGCAGAUCCGGAGACACCCGCCAGAAUUCUAUAAGAAAGCUCUGGCUUAUGUCAGUAGAUGUUCUAAUCAAGAGGAGGCACACUACUUAGAGAGACUGUGGUACCACUUCUUUGAAGGGGUUGAUACGAGCUGAAGGAUUUCUUAUCGGAUGCUAAUCAAAUGUACGAGAAUAAAAAGAACUAUUCCUAGUUUCCUGUCCUAUACGAACACAAUUCGUGAACUUGGCGCUGGAGGCUAGAUGUCAGUUACCAUGUGUACGAUUUGAUUUUUUUUAAUGAAAAUGCUAAGAAAAUCUGUAGCCCAUACGUCGUGUGGCACUGUUAUACUGACUCGUAAUUGAGGAAAGAGUUUUUUUAUUUUAGGGCCUACUUGUUAUUAUUUUAUAUUUUUCGGUUGGGGGGGGGGGGGGGAGUCACCGAGUAAGUCCUCGAUUAGAUUUGCUCAUCAUCGUCCUGAUAUAUAGAGGUCGAUGUGUCAGGGUUAAACAAGUGUUAAAGCUAAUGUACAGUAGCAGUAACCUAACUCCACAUGUAAUUAUUUUUAUUGAAAAAAAUACCACGCUGCCUUUGUGGGUUGAACACAUGAAUUGUAUUAUUUACUAAAUUAUGUGUUAUUUUGCACAAUUUCUAAUGAUGCAAUCGAGGAAGCGUAUGCUAAAUAAAGUUGUUUUACAGUCCUGUUUUGCUGAGACUUGACUUUAAAAAACACAUUGGGUAAGCUCUGUAAAUUUCAAAACUAAAUCUCUGUAAUUUGCGCACUAAUUUCUUUGGCUCAAGAUUGACAUCAUCAUUAAAAUGCAAGUUUACUGACAGAAAGUUUACUGCGUACGUUUCCUCGAUUACAUCACACCUACUGUAGGUAUUCCUUCAAUCUCAGGAAAGGACAUACUCCUAUCAAAAGGCCAUAACAGCUGUUCUUUACACUGAACGUAUCAUUUGAUUCGAUUUUCACUAUCCGAGAUCGUACUUCGGUCGAUCUAAAUCAACAUAAUUUAGAAGAUCGGACGGUUGAAUGGACCUUUGUUUUGCUUUUGAUUUAGAUGUAUAAACACUUACAUCAUUGUUUUGUUAUUCUAAAUUAUAAUGAUCAGAAAUACAAACAUAUGAAUGUACCUAUAAGGGCCACUCUUUUUCUUUCCUUCGGUUAGGGUCAGAAAGUGGGUUAUUAAAAUUAUCAUAUUUGUGACCAAAUCCCUGAAAUAUGAGUCCUCAUGACAAUUUUGUUUUCGCUUAUCAGUGUUUUACAAGCCUUCAUUUUGAUAUAUCUCUCCCUUAAAAAUAUUCAGAUAUUUUGUGGAUUAAAAAGUUGAGGCAUUUCUUUUGACUCCAUACGGUUAGAUUCUUUUAAAAGUUAAUUAAUCAAAAGUAGCUUUGGCGACUUGGACUCAUUUUGUUGGGUUGGGUCACAUUUGAUGUUGCCUUUUGGAGUUCAAUUCAAAGAAAAAAGGGAUGCUGUAACAUGAGUGAAGAAUGCUGCAGGGAGAUAAAGUCUCACACUGAA